AUGUCGACAGUCCUGUCCUAUUUGCGGUCAGGAAAAUCGGUCAACGUAGACGACGACGAUAGUAGUUCAGAUAAGCGUAAAUCGAGCGCUGAGUUUCGUGGUUUUUCUGAAAAAGAAAAACCAGAACAAAGUAUACCGAAGUCGAAAGGUAAAAGUAAAGUAACGUUACAGCACGUAUCUGAGUCAACAGGUGAUACCGAAGCUGGUACGAGUUCCGCGGGUUCCGGUGAUAUUUCCAACGAUCCGUCGAUCCCUGUUGAUCCCGUUCCUCCUCCGUCUAAUCCGUCAUCCGGUCCUCCACCUCCUCCACCUCCUGGUCCAUCCGACGACGAGUCCGAAGGUAGUGAAAGUAGCGACGACGAGUCCGACGACGCUGUAGUAUCCGAUAACGAGUCAAAUAGUUCGUCCGACGAUAGUAUGUUUGGUGCCGGUGAUAAUCGUGUAAUGGAGUCGAUGGUCUUUCGCGGUACGGGCUUCGUGUCCUGGAAGAGAAAAAUCAAAGUUAUUCUUUCGGCCAAAGGACUUCAAACCGCGAUUCUCCAAGUAAAUUCGUUAUCGCCGCGAAAAAAAGCGAAAGCUCUCAAAAUUUUAAUUAGGCACGUAGCUGAGAACGUUUUCCGACUGGUCAAGGAGACAGAGGAUCCGUACGUAUUUUGGACGGAGCUCAACUCCUUGUACCAGGCGGAAAACCAAGCAGCAAUUAUCGACUGCCGAACCCGUAUUUCGAAGAUUGUCAUCGAUAUGUACAAGAGUCCGAAGGAGUUCCUAGAGGCAUUUUAUACGCUAGUCAACGAUAUGGAGAGUCUGGACGUGAAAUUGACUCCAUCUGAAGUCUAUACGUAUCUGAUCAAUGCGUUAGGCAAUUCGCCUAAGUACGAGUCAGUGCGUAUGACUGCUCGAGGACUAGUUCACGUUACAGCCGGAGACCCAAAUCCGAAAGUAAUUUCGUCGUUGCUUUUGAGUUUGGAAGAUGCCUCGAAGAACUCCUCGACUUCGAAGGGUUCGACAAGUACCGGUUCAGCGAUGGCCGCAUCCGAUCAAUCCGGUAAUAAUAAUAAACGUAAUCGUAAUCAUAAUAAAUCGCGUAGUAGUAAUUCGAACUUGUCCGGUAAUUCGUCGAACGGUAACGGUGAACGUAACGGUGGUAGUGGCUUCGUACAAGCCAAAGAUCGUACCUGCUAUAAGUGUCAUAAACGGGGCCAUAUGGCCAAGUCUUGUCGAUCCGCCGGAGGAAACUAUAGGAACGAUACCAACCCUCGGGGAAGUAUCGUUUGCUAUCGAUGUAAUCUGACCGGGCAUAUAGGUCGAAACUGCCCUCAGAACGGUGAUUCGUCACGUAAUAAUGGUGGUAACGGUUCGUCGAGUGGUACGUCGGGUACGUCUGGUCCGUCUGGUUCGUCCGGUUCGUCAGGGCCUCGUCCUUCGUUAGCGUUAGGUCUUUCUUCGCCGUUUUCUGAAAAAAAGAAAAAUCUUUCGUUAGAUGAUCGUCGUAGGAGUAAUGUCGUAGAUGAAUUCGUUAAAAGUAACGUCGGUCGUAGUAGUUUCGGAGACAGUGUCGCAAUAUCUAAUUUCGGCAACUCGACUGCUUUGAAUCUCGGUGAAGAAAACGCGUACGUCGAGACAAACAACGACGACGGCGUCGAUUUUAUCACGUUUGUCGUCGAUAGUGGUGCGACGUCGCAUUUUCUGAAACAUCGUGGAGUCUUGCACGAUGAGAGGAAAAUAAACGAAAGUUUACAAUCCGCUCAUUGUGAAGUCUCUUUGAUCAAAGAAGGAGGAUGUCUAGCCAAUGGGAUUGGCUAA